AUGUUUGUCGAGCAAUCAUUCUUUCAACGUUGGUGGCAUGAACAGGGACAGGAGAUUCGUCAUCUUGUAGCUCAACUUGUACAAGAAGGACGAUUAGAUCUAACAGUUAAUGGUGGUUGGUGUAUGCAUGAUGAAGCCACACCACAUUAUAUCGCAAUGAUUGAUCAAACAGCCUAUGGUCAUCAAUUUCUCAUGGAUGAAUUCAAUAUUACACCACGUAUUGGAUGGCAAAUUGAUCCAUUUGGUCAUUCAACAACACAAGGUUCCUUAUUAUCACAUGGCAUUGGAUUUGAGGCAUUAUAUUUUGCACGUAUUGAUUAUCAAGACUAUACCAAUCGUAAACAACAUCACGAGCUUGAGUUUCUAUGGCGUCCAAGCAAGUCACGUGGGAAAUCAUCACAGGUUUUUACAGGUGAAAUUAUUGAUCAUUACUGUCCACCAGAUAAAUUUGAUUACAGUCGAAAUAGUCAUGAGAUUCAAGACGAUCGUCAACUUUAUGAUUACGAUGUGUGUGAUGAAGUGGAACAAUUUGUGACCAAUGCCAAAAUGCGUGGUCAUGCGUCCAAGGGCAAUCACGUGUUUAUCCCCAUGGGUUGCGAUUUCCAAUAUGAUAAUGCACGUCGGUGGUUUAAAAACAUGGACAAGAUUAUUCAUUACGUAAAUCAAGACGCACGUGUGAAUGUUUUGUACUCAAACCUGUCAUACUAUACGAACGUCAAGCGUGCAGAAGGACUUACGUGGAGUGUCAAAACGGACGACUUUUUUCCAUACGGUUCAGGUCAAGAUGACUACUGGUCAGGUUUCUUCACAAGUCGACCAUCUUUCAAGCGUUUUGCUCGAGUAGCGAAUACGCUGUUACAACAACUGCGGCAGCUUGAUGCCGUCUACCAGAGUCAUCAUUCUAGUACGUUAGCGGCACUGCAGCGUGCUGUGGGUCUUGUGCAACACCACGAUGGUCUGUCUGGAACGGAGAAACAAAGCGUUGCAGAUGACUAUGCGCUGCGGCUGAAUGACGGUAUCAUCCAGGCUGAAAAAGAGAUGAACGAAGUGCUGUUUGUGAUCGGCGAGAAGGAGCCGUAUCACUUGUGCUUACUAGCCAACACAAGUAUAUGCGAUGUGUCCACGCAGAACACAGAAUUUGAGGUGCUUGUGCACAACGCACUGGCGCGUACGACUGUUCAGACAGUGUCAAUUCCGAUUACGCACAAAUCAGCGGAGGUAAAGCUUCUUUCGGGCAACGCAAGUAUCCGUGCGAAAAAUGUAUUUGUGGCUCUACCGGUUCAUCCUGAGACGCAAGUAGCUCCCUACUCGUUCGUUUUCAGUGUUGAAUUGAAGCCUUUAAGCACGACUCGGUUUUUGGUAAAGCAAAAUAACGUGGACUACAGCGGCAACGUGCACGAAGACGAUGUCAAGCACGAGAAGAGACAUGAAAAUGCUGGAAUUGGUGGUCUUGAUGAUAACAUCGAGAUUGACAAUGUGGUUGUCCUGGAGAACCAUUGGAUGCGAGCAGAGAUCAGCAAAAAGACGGGUUUUAUCACAAAACUGGCCAACAAGAAGAAGAAUAUUCAGAUUCCGCUAUCGUUGGACGUAAGGUACUACCAGGCGUUCCAAGACAAAGGUCCGAAAUCCGGUGCGUAUGCGUUCCGUCCGGACUCGAACAAAACGCACCCGGUGACUGGCAAACAUGAAGCCAUGUCGAGCUUAGUAUCAGAUGUGUCAAUGGUAGAGCUGCAGACGACGAGUCUCGUCGCUGAUGAUGCUGAUGGUGGCCUCGUCAGUGUGCCGCGCGUGGCGUUUCGAAUAGGCCACUGGGUCAUGCUGGAGUACCGGAUGAACGACGACGACGAGUUCCUGGAGAUCGAGUGGACAGUCGGACCAGUCCCAAUUGACGACAAAAAGGGCAAAGAGGUCAUCAUGCGCUUUGAUGCCGGCAACAGCAUCGCGUCUGGUAGUACGCUGUACACGGACUCGAACGGUCUCGAGUUCGUAAAGCGUGUGCGCAACCAUCGUGACACGUGGAAUUUGACUCUGCAUGACAACCAGGAGAAAGUGGCGGCAAAUUACUUUCCCAUCACCACGGGCGCGUAUAUCAAGGACGAGAAGCGCCAGUUGAACUUGGUGACCGACCGUGCGCAAGGAGCCGCGAGUUUGAAGGACGGACAGAUGGAAGUGAUGGUUCACCGGCGUCUGCUUUGUGACGAUAAUAAGGGAGUAGGCGAACCCUUGAACGAGACAGAGUUGGUGUACAACACGGCCACGAAGUCGUACACUACUAAGGGUCUAACGGUGCGCGGCAACUUUUUCAUCAACGUAGACUCGGUCGACGAUGGCAUGCGCAGCAUUCGUUCGAAGAUGGAGUCGCAGUUCUUCCGUCCACUGACAGUAUACCGCAAACCUGUUUCAUUUGACGUGGAAGCAAAGGUACCAUGGCUGACAGUGGGCGAGUUCCCUUCGAAUGUAGGUCUGACAACGUUGCAGGAGCUAUCGAAGCAGUGUCUCAUGGUGCGUCUGUCGCACUUGUAUGCAGUGGACGAACACCCGCGCCUAUCGAAGCCUGCAACGGUGGACUUUUCUGCGUUGUUCUCAGUAAAGAACUCCGUGGUGUCGGAGGUAAUGGAGCUGGUGCUGACUGGCACGAAAGAGCUGCCGCAGAAGAAUGAAAGGCUUGCGAUGGAGUGGAAGACGACGGAUGAUGCGUACGACUGGUCACCUCCAUCUCUUCCUGUAAAGGGUACAUCGGUGACACUGCAAGCGAUUGAAGUUCGUUCAUUCCGCGUGUGCUUUGCAAAAGAUGCGGGUAUGGAUAAAGGCGAUGUUAUCGAUAGCUGGGCGACAGGUGAUGACUUGUCUAGUGUUGCGCUACAAGAUCUGGCAGAGAUCAUUGCCAUUGAGUAA